AUGGCAUCACGGAGAUGUGAUCAAGUUCAACCGAUGCCCUGCGAUUGUCGAAUGGAUCAUUUGAGAGGCACGGGGAAUCAGUGUUUGUUCCGUUGUGAAGCCGAGUUGAUCUCAUUCACCACCGACAAUGGAAUUCCCAAUCUCGAGUGUUCAAUCAGUGCAAAUAUCUACGAUAUCAACUUCAGAAUUAGUAUGGCUCAAAUUGGAGUAUUUUAUGAUGUGAUCAUUAAACGACCGCAUCCAAAAGAACACACACUUUGCGAGGGGGAAUGGGUGGAAUUUUUCAGAAUUCUUGACAAACGUGAAAGCGAGCAGCCAACGAUUCGUUACGAGAUUCUCGACUAUCAAAAAAUACCAUCACCUACCGGUUGGAGUAUGGAUGGAAUCACGAUAAAUGGACUGGCAAAGACCAAUUGCAGUGAUACUGGAUCGAAACACGAUAUACAAAUGGGAAGUGAUCGAAAUGUAUCCAUUCUAUUUAACAAAUUGCAAUGGAUUUGUGGAAAA